AUGGAAGGGCUUGCCGACCUACAGUUUCGUCUAGCAACAGCUUUGGGUCGCGACGCUCUGAGCGCAGAUACCGAGGUCUCUGACGCUUCUACUCAUUGCGCUUUGCCGCGAAGUGAAGAGAUUCUGGGAGAAAUCAAAACAUCUGAAGUAGUCCAAGAAACGAAAGCGUCCUUGAAAUAUCGUCCGAAGACUGAACUCGAACAAAUCGAGCACUUUCACCGCGUUGAGUUUGAACUGCAGAAUGCGUACUAUAUCCCUAUCAAGGAUCGUGGAAAUCAAAACCUCUUGGUCAGCAGAAUAAAGGAAGAUCCGUCUCGUGCCGGACGCAUUCUUCGAUCCACGACCGGUCUAGUUGACUACGAUCACUGGAGGCGAUGCAAUUCAGAACGGAUCAACGAGCUUGCCGCCAAAGAAUUUGACAAGCUGGAAAGCAAAGACGAGUACGUCGCUGAAGCCGAUGAGAUGAUUCGAAAACUCUCAGCUGAGUAUGCUAAGCGCGAUGCUCAAUUCCGGUUUACCUUACCGGAUUCAACUGGAAUUUACCCGCUGCUUCAAGCGAUUUUGAGAGAUGAUGCUACUGCCGCAUCGAUCUUAGGCCCAGAAAACCCGCUCGCUCGCUUUCUCGUAAAGGAGUGCACUCGCAGAGGACCUACUCCAAUAGUGAGACGUAACAACCACAAGCUUGCGAGUCAGCAACUUGACGAAGCAACCAAGAAAAGGGGUCUAGAAGAAAUCGAGUACUUUCAUCAUUUCCCGUUCAAGCUGCAAUAUGGCAUUCCGAUUGAGCUCUACGGUGCGGAAGGAGAUUUAUCUCGCGUUCGCGAAGCUGCCAACAAUCCAGAGGCCUUUUCGACGUGGGAAGAAGCUACCUGGCAAAGAAUUAACGAGCUCGCUAACGACGAAAUGGACAUCAUGGAUGAGCGCGGCAUGGCUGAGUGCAUCGAUAAAAACGAGCAGAUGAUAACAGAACUAUCGCAGGCAUAUACAGACGCUGGAGACGUUCAGUAUGCUUUGGAUGCAGCUCCCUCAACGGUGGUCAAUACCUGGGCCCUAGCACUAGCGAUUAUGAGAAAUGGCUCGGUCGCUAAGUCCAAACUUGGUCCCAAGAACGCGUUGGGUCGUUUUCUGGUGACAAACCGAAUUCUAGAAUGGAUUGAACGGCGCAGAAUUGUUCAAGAGUGA